CAGCUCCUCGAGACGCUGGAUCCCCGGCAUCACGCGCUCCAGAAUCAGGCCUAUCUUCCCAAGAUCAUCGUCGUGAUUGGGCUCAGCAUUGCCCAACUCUCGAUCCUGAUGCUCCCGGCGGACGUCGCGAAUCGCCAUUCCUGCGAGAAGAAUCUCUACGUCGGGGCGUGUAAGCUCACUCUCCCGAUGAAGCAGCUAUGGUGGGCGGUUUACAUCAUCGACACUGUGCUCGUCAUUCCUUUCGCGAUCUUCUUCUACGAGAGCGAUCAGGAGAAGACUGUGACACAAAGGGUAAAGAACGCUCUCUUGUGGGUGGUGAUACUCCUCACAGUUUUCUGCCUCCUUUUGGGAAUUCUCUAUGCUGUUAUUGGUUAUGCCGAUUUCACCAUGAGAAGUCUUUCAUCCACAACGAUGGCGUUCAUUAAUGAUUUUAGCUCGCUCAAUGCAAAGGCUUCUGUGCAGCUUAUAUGUCUGGAUCUCUGGUUAAAACUAUCUGUGACUUACGUGAUCACAUUAAACACAAUAAUAGGAUCAAUACUCUUCAUGAUGUUUGGAGGUGUUGGAAUGGCAACAUUACCACUGAGCCUCAUAUUUGCGUUCAAGAAUAGGCCCAAGUGUGUUAUUACUCGUGCUCAAUACGUAAAGGAGGCGACUGAUCUAGCCAAGCGCUCUAACGAGCUAAAAACGGCGACUUUGGGCCUCCAACGCGAAGAGAGAGGUGGGAAGAAAGGACGGAUGUUUCGAAAAAAUGUGAAGAAAGUCCAGCAGGAGCUUGUCUUUUUGGAAGAUGAUGUUGAAGCUCUGAAUGAGGCAUUCCCACAGGGAGAGAAGGUACCGUUCUAGCAGACACUUACGGUUCUCUUCUACCUAGCCAAGCUUGUUUUUGGCAUUGUCGGUUUGGCUUUGUCUAUAAUUUGGCUUCUCCACAUCAUUGUUUUCAUGCUUGUCAAUCCUCCAGCUUUUCCGUUUCUGAAUCAAGUCUUUAUUCAGCUUGACACUGUCGGGGGCUUGCUGGGAACCACCACGUUUGCAAUCUUUUGCUACUACCUUGUUAUGUCUGUCAUAUCUGGAAAGAUGCAUCUGGGAAUGAGGCUUCUGUUUCUUUCCAUUCAUCCAAUGAAGUAAGCACUUUUUUU